AUGGUAACUAUUGGUGUUGAAAUUGACAUUGAAGACAAUGAUAUUAGCGAGGGCUUGACUAAGGGUGAUGAAGGAUUGUCAUCAACAUCAUUAUUUGGAGUCAAUCAACUUGCCUCCUUAAGAUGUUUUGAUUAUGAAAAAAAAACUGUUGAUAAUACAUUUGUAUGGAGUAACUCUUCGAAAAAUCUUGUUGUAUCUGUUGGAGACAAUAUAUCAGGCUUUAAAAUUGGUGAAAAAGUCACUAAAGUUUUUAGUAAUAAACUUCCUGUUGAUUAUCUUAAAGCUGUGAGUAAUUUACCUUCAUCACAUAUCAUUGUUGGUGUAACUUUUGAUAAUAAAAUUAUAUUCUAUGAUGGUGUUAAAGAAAGUUUUGCUGAAUUAUCCCUAAUGGUACCUGUAUUAACUAAUCCAAUAAUUUAUUGUCAUCGCUGGAAAGAUCAAACGUAUAUUAUCAUAUGUGGUAAAGGUAGUGAGAAAACUGUAUGGAUUACAUUAUCAGAACAUGUCUCUUUUUACGAAAAAGCUGAUGAUCUAACUGAAGCAAUAAAUGAAGGAUCUAGAUCAGGAAUCUCUGAUCACUCACUUUCUGAUAGCGUUGUUGUUUUUAGUCCUGAAAAUAAUCUACUGUAUGCAUUUACAAGAACUCCUGAAGGGUUCAAUAGAUAUUAUAGAAUGACUAAUGAGGGGAUAUUUGUACAUAGAGAAGCUUAUUCUGUGAAAGGUUACCUUUCUGUAACAAUGACUCCUUUCUUUGCAUUUGCUUUGUCUACUGAUGGAUUCUUAGAUAUAUUUGAACUGAAAAUGCUUGUAUUGUGUAAACAAAUUCUCCUUGUAUCUGAAAACACCAAAGAGUGUGAGAUUAUAUGUGAUAUGCAGGUUACUGCAACUUCUAAGACAUGUUCUUUGGAGGGACUGUACAUGCUUGUUUCUGUAUUAGUUGGAAAAAAACAUCAACUUCAAAUAAGAUCAGUUCAGACAAAUGAAAUAGUGUGUUCUAUUGACUGUAGUGAUAAUUCAUCAUUCCUUCGCUGGGAUCCAAUUUUAAAUUUAAUGGCUUUUGUUGAAAUGUCUGGUGGACAAUUAACUUUAAAAACAAUUACUGAAGCAACUCCUGACUUAAAAAUUGAAAAACUUGUUUCUAUGAAAAAGUUUAAAGAAGCUUUGGAUUUAGCAAAAAAGUUUGCAGUUUCUUUUGAUCCAAUAUAUAAAGCACAAGCUUCUGAUUUGCUAGAAAAACUAAGAAGUGGUGGUUAUGAAAAUGAAGACAUUGAUAUUUUGUAUAAUAUUCUCAAAAAAAUUAAAAAUCAAGAUGCAUUUUGUGACUUGUGUCUUGAAGGAAUUAUUUCCCUUAAUAUGUUUGAUGUUGUUAAAAAGUUAUUGGAUUUAGCUUUGGAUACAAAAACUAAAAAUCGCUACAUUGUGGAACAAUUUAAUACAAUAUCAGAACAAUUCACGACAGCUAGAAUGAUUUUUUCUUUUGAAGAGUUUACUGAAAAAUGGCUUAGUAUUGUUGCACAACGUACUCCUAUGUACUCUUUAAUGGCAGAUGCCGUUCAGGAUGGAAAUUACAAAAGAGCUGACAUUAUUUGGAAUCGUUAUAUUUUAAAAUCUGAGUUUAAUAAAAACAUUACGAAGGAAUGUACCACUAGAAUGAUACAAAUAUUUUCAUAUCAUGCUUUAGAUAAAAAUAUUCGUAGUGAUCUUUUGAAAUUUAUGGAAAAUAAUUUUAUACCUUAUGCUUUGAUGAAACUUGGUGGUGAAAUUGGAUGUAUGUAUGCAGAAACAUUAAUUCAAGUAAUUGUUGAUUUAGAAGAUGAAGAAGAUGAAAAUUAUCCUUUAGUUGCUUAUAAUAUUUCUCUCUCUUUAGAAAGAAUCUCAAAAUUACUGAAAGAAAGAGUAUUAACUCCAGGUGAAAAAUGUUUGUUUGUUAACAUUAGAACAGAUAUGGGUUAUGACUCAUUUUGUCAAUCAGAUAUUCUUGGACGGUUAAAUAAAUUAAAAGAAAAUUUACUUAAAUUAGUUAACUUGAAAGAACGUUACAACUUAACAUUUGAAUAUGAAAAAUUUGUUGGUUUAUCUGAAGAAGAUAUUGGCGUACAUAUUGUUGAAAAGAUGCUUAUUAAGGAGGAUGAAAGUGAACAUAUAUACACAGAAAUUUUUAAACCUUAUUGUGAUGAAUUUGUAUUGGAUUUUAAGUCACUUAUAUGUGAUUUUGUUCAAAAAUGGUCAGCACAACAAAUUGCUUUUACAGGAGAUAUUCAAGGAGGACUUUCAAAGAAUAAGAUUGGCAGUAUAUGUAAACUUAUUGGAAGAAUUGAUGAUCCUGUGCUUCAAAUUAAAGCUUUACAACACUUAGCUGAUGCUGUUCCAUUUAAUUGGCCAAAAGAAUUAACACAAUCUGUAUAUACAAUACUAACUGAUAACACUAUUGCAAAGGAUAUAAAAAGUGACUUAACUGAUCGUUGUAAACUAGCUGAAAUUUGUCAUAUAAUUAAAAUUUAUAAAGAUGUACCUUAUGAAAUUGAAGAAAUAAUUAAGUACAGAAAUGAAUUUGAAUAUCUUAUUCAAAGUAUCUCUCUUAAUGGUUCAUCAGUUAAUACUGAAACACUUGCAAAUGAUGUAUUUAAACUUUAUAAAUUAAGGCAUUCAUAUUGCAAAUUACCAGGAACUUUUGUUGCUAAUUAUAAUUAUAUAUAUGUACAACUAUGGAUACCAUAUUUAACUCAAUGGAGAUUUAGUGGAUUUGAAAAGAAAGAACCUAUGCAGUGGUUAUUUAAUCUUCCAAAUAAUGAAGCACAAAUAUCAGUAGCUAAAUACUCAGUUGACUAUAUUUUGGAUAUUUAUAAAAGAGGACGACAAAAUUUAAAAUCUCCAGAUGAGAUAAUUUAUUAUUUAAAAACUUUGUCAAUUGUUAAAUCAUUUAUACUUAAUUAUCUUUCUAAGAUUGAAAAAUACCGAUUAACUCUUGAUAAAUUGUUAGCUAUUGAAUCACUUUAUUCACGUUUUAAAAUAUUAAAGUCUCCAACAUUUUUCUUGGAAACUCCUAAAGAAUCAUCAAAUUUUAUUAGUGAAAUGGUAUCUACUUAUGGGAUUGAGAAUUGGGAAAAUAUGUUAGAAAUAAUAAAUAUAACAAAAAUGGACAGCAUUUUAGCUUAUAAUUAUCUUCUUAAUGCUUGUGUAGAAAGUGGUAAAAUAAAUCAAGCUGCUUCAAUAUUGUUUACUAUAUCAUUAAAAAAGUACUUAUUAAAUCCAAAAAUGAUAUCAAUGAUUAGAAUUGUGUUAGACAAUAUUUUCUUAAGACUUCAUGAAGCAUCGAAUGAGAGAUCUUUUAAUCUUACUAAUUUUGUAAAUAUGAUUAUGUUAGCAUUGAAGGUAUUUAUAGCACAAGGAGAUGGAAUGGACACAUUUAAUUUUAAUGAUAUUCUAGCAUUUUCUAAAUAUCACAAAUUUCUUAGUAUUGUUAAAGAUAUGGUUGAUUCUACAGAUGUUUUACAAAACGACACAGUUGAAGUUAUGGAUACAUCAGAGAUUACUGUGAAAGAUAUUAUUAAUUGGGACAUUCAUCCUUUAGCACAUUUACAGAAAACAAACAAACUUAAGUAUUAUAUAACUUUAAACCCAAGAUCUAAACCAUUUACUAAAAAUUAUCUUCAAUUGCCUAUGAAUGGAGAGUAUAACAUUGAAUCGUUGUUAUCUUUAGCUGCAUCACUUUUAACUGUUGUAAAAGAUGAUAAUGAUUAUGUUGAAGAAAAUGAAAUGAAAAUUAAAAAUUAUAUUGAUGGAUGGAAGAAUAAUUUUAACCAAUUAUUAAUGGAUGGACAAUUUUUUGAUGUUUUCAAUCUCCUUGAAAUUUAUAAUACAUUACCAAUCUCGAAGAAGGGUGAUAUUCGUGUUAGUGAAAUUGUUAAACAUUCAGCGGUUGGACUACUUGAAAAGAUUUUAUUGCUACCAGAUUGUGAUUUAGAAUUAGGUUUAGGAGUCAUUAAUUCAGUUUCUGAAAAGCAUGUUCAUAGUAUACUCCAGGAAAUACGUAAUUGUUUAAAAACUAAUGCCAACCCUAGAGUUCAUAUUAAUUUAUGUGAAUUAGUUGCUUCAGUGUAUCAUAAAUUAUCACAAAUUGGAUUGAUAGAAAUGCUUACAAAGAGAUAUGACGAAUGUUUAUGGAAAAGAAAACUUUCUAAAUUUGGAUUUAAUUAUUCUAGUAAAAUGACUUUAAAUGAAGUGAUAUCUUCUCUUGUAAGAUGUAAUGUACCUCAUGACAUUGCACAUGAAUAUUGUAUUUAUAAUAACAUUGAUUUAAAUUCAUUCCGACUUCAAUGUGCAUUACAUUCAAGUCUUUAUAGUUCAGAGUUACUUGAUAUGAAUGAUAAUUUAAGAUAUAUAGAACAAUUGAAAAGAACUUCUGCAUUACUUUCUAUUGUAAUAAUUACUGAGGAACAUGUACCAUUUAUUCAGGAUGCAAUAAUGAAGAUGUCACCAUAUAAUCAUGAAGGAUUAUUACUUCUUAUUGAUAAAGCUUUGCAAUUUAUUAAAGAUGAAGGUAUUCCCGAUAACUUUAAACAUUUACUUUAUGAUUGGAAAAUUGUUAUUGACUUUGUUAUGUCAUAUGGAAAACGUAAUGCUGAGAUUUUACCAAAUGAAUGUAAUUGGUUAUCUUUACAUAAAUCUUCUAUUGGAAAUGGAACUUCUUCUGCUACAUCUUUUGUUUCUGUUGAAUCAAAUCAAUCUGUAGGAGAAAUAUCAAUGAUUGAAUUUGAAGUGAUGGAGGAAAAACGUGAAGCAGCGAGAAAACGUAUGCCACAAUGUGCAAUUCAAAGAUUACCUUUUCAUUUAUUGUGUUCAACUAAUGAAGAUGAAGUGAAACAAUAUGUUUGUCCAAUUGUCUUUAACGAAGUCAAUAUUCACAAUGCUUAUAGAUGGGUUGGUAUUAUUGUAAAUACGGAAUCAGUAUUACGUCUUAGCCAAUCUGAAUGUAUUUUUACGGCUAUUAACAAACGUAUAAAAUAUGCAGAAGAAAAUAAUAUUUUUGUUGGAGAUGUUGAUAGAGAUUGGAUUAUGUCUGCUAUAGAUGCUGUUGAUGUAUCAAAAGAAAUUACUUCAACAGUAGCUGAACUAUUGGAAGGAGAUAAAAAAGAAGAAAUUUUGAAAUAUGAGAAAGAACUUUCAAAAAGAAUUAUAAAAUACUCGGUUGAAAAGAUACUUUCUGAUGAUGGACUUCUUGAUCAGGAAACAAAAGCACAUCUUAAUUCAAGUAAUAUUUCUGAAAUGAUUCGUUUUAUUUACAGUAAUUUAAUUGACUGGAACAAUUACCAAGAUAGAACUUCAAAAAUGAAAGCUUGUAAAUUGAUUGCUGACAUUACAGAUCUCAAUUUAUCUUCUCUCCAUUCAACAAUAAUUGAUUCAUUAUUGAUACAGGAGACAAUGAUACAGGUUGGUGAUCCUGAUGCUACUCUUAACAUGUCAGAAGAAGUUGUUCCAAUUAACCAAGGAAUUGAUAAUAGACUUGAAUGUGAUAUUUUGGAUGAUGAUGCUAAUGUUAGUAAGAUAGUUAAUAUUUUACGUACUGAAGACUACAGUAAUAUGAUUAAAAAAAUGUUUUCUAUAUUAAAUAAAGAUCCAAAAGUUUUGCCAGGAGGAAUAACUACACUUAUAAAAGUUAUUCUUUGUAUUUGUCGUAUGUAUCCUCGUAAUGGAGAAAAAAAUGAUUCUUUUAAAGCUAAGAAACCUCAAAUUCUUGUUGUUCUUAAAGGAGCUUACUAUUAUCAUAUGUUGUCAAAUAUUAAUGUUAAUUGUAAAAUGGUAGAUCUUAUGAGUGAAGUUCACAGUACAGAAAAGGACUUUGUUGUUGUGAACAUAAUCAGAGAUUAUCUUAAAAAAUCUCCUGAAUAUUCUGUGUAUAUGAAAACAUACAUACCACGUAUGAUAAUGGGACGUCAAUUUUCAAUGGCAAAAUCUAUCUUAAAUGAUAGUAAUGGUCCUAUAACUUCUGAUCAUAUGGGAAGUAACAUUCUUCAAUUUGUUCUUAAAACUAUUGAAGGAAUACUUAAACAAAAUUUUAGUAAUACUGAUAUUGCUGAGGAUAUGCUUCGAUUUAUUAUUAAAUAUUCAAUAUCUUUUGGAUACUCAAGACCACCACGUGAAACUGGAUUAUUUCAUGGUAAUCAUGAGAUGUCUAAAAUUGUUCAAUGUAUUCUCAAUCCUACAGGAGUAUAA